AUGGGCGUUACCACAGCCUCAACAUCGGCGGAGUGUCUACUCCGACUUGUGCAAGCACAUGAAGAAGCACGACCUGUUUCCCUGAAUGCCAUUCGAGGCGCUGCAUGCAAAAAGCAUGGUUAUGGCGGCGUGCCGAGACUGACUGACAUUAUCGCUGCGAUCCCAGAUUCGUACAAAAAGGCACUAGUGCCUGCUCUUCGUGCGAAGCCUGUUCGAAGUGCUAGCGGUAUUGCUGUUGUCGCUGUGAUGUGCAAGCCUCAUCGUUGCCCGCACAUUGCACUCACUGGCAAUAUUUGUGUGUAUUGCCCAGGCGGCCCAGACUCUGAUUUUGAGUAUAGCACACAGUCUUACACAGGCUAUGAGCCUACGUCUAUGCGUGCUAUUCGCGCACGUUAUGAUCCAUACGAGCAGAGCCGUGGGCGUGUACAGCAGCUCCGUGAACUGGGACACAGUGUCGACAAAGUGGAAUACAUUAUUAUGGGUGGCACCUUUAUGAGCUUGCCAGAGAAGUACAGGAAUGAAUUUAUCGCACAACUUCACAAUGCUCUUAGUGGGUACACAGGUCUGGAUGUUGAUGAAGCUGUGCGAUACUCGGAACGCUCUCAGACCAAAUGUAUCGGUAUUACCAUUGAGACGCGGCCAGAUUAUUGCUUGCGCCCUCAUCUCUCACAGAUGUUGCGAUACGGGUGCACAAGGUUGGAGAUUGGUGUGCAAAGUGUAUAUGAAGAUGUGGCGAGAGAUACCAACCGUGGACACACAGUCAAAGCUGUGUGUGAAACGUUCCACCUGGCCAAAGAUGCAGGCUACAAGGUGGUAGCGCAUAUGAUGCCAGACUUGCCCAAUGUCGGUGUUGAACGCGAUAUGGAGCAAUUCAAGGAAUAUUUCGAGAACCCUGCUUUCCGCUCUGAUGGUCUGAAACUCUACCCCACGCUGGUAAUUCGCGGCACAGGUCUGUAUGAGCUAUGGCGUACCGGGCGGUAUAAGAACUAUACACCGUCGUUCCUUGUGGACGUGAUUGCACGUAUCCUCGCGCUAGUUCCACCAUGGACGCGUGUGUACCGAGUGCAGCGAGAUAUUCCUAUGCCUCUUGUUUCGAGCGGUGUCGAAAACGGCAAUCUGCGUGAAAUGGCACUGGAACGAAUGCGUGACUUCGGUGUAACAUGCCGCGAUGUUCGAUACCGCGAAGUGGGUAUUCAUGAGAUCCAUACCAAGGUACGGCCAGAAGAAAUUGAAUUCCUUCGCCGUGACUAUACUGCCAACGGAGGUUGGGAGACAUUUUUGUCGUAUGAAGACCCUGAACGUGAUAUCCUGGUGGCGUUACUGCGCCUGCGAAAAUGUUCGAGCACAGGUACAUACCGUCCGGAGCUACUCAAGGAUGGACAGGCAUCGAUUGUACGUGAACUUCAUACGUAUGGCAGUGCAGUUCCGAUCCACAGUCGUGAUCCUACCAAGUUCCAGCACCAAGGUUUUGGUACGCUAUUGAUGGAGCAAGCGGAAGCUAUCGCGCGCGAUGAACACGGGAGUGUAAAGAUGGCUGUGAUUGCUGGUGUUGGUACUCGUGAUUAUUACCGCCGUCUAGGCUACGAAUUGGAGGGGCCAUUCCUGAUCGUUGGUGGCCACCAUGAGGAGAUUGAUAUACCCCUGAUUGCGCAUGCAUCUCGACGGCCUCUCGUGCAAGUCCCAAGGAUUCAGAAGACCCUGUACCCUAUAUCUAUUUAUUUAUCAACCAACGAGCAUGUAAUUCUUGGGUUUACCGAGGAGUCGGCGGCUGUGUGCACGCUGGGGGAGCUGAAGCAGGCGUCGAGUGUGGACUCUGUGCAAGAGUUUUACGCAUUUCACAGUGGGGCGAAAGCCGGGCCAGGUUGGAAUAAGUACAAUGUAUCCGCCGAGUUUAAGCGACAAGGUGUAGGCUCUCGCAGCAAAGCGUGGCGCUUUUCGACGCUGAAUGCCCAGUAUGAAAUCUCACCCAGCUACCCCGCUACAUUGGUGGUUCCGUCCAAUAUAAGCGACAAUACACUUCUCUCUGCCGCCAAGCAUCGCAGUAAAGGUCGCGUGCCUACGCUGACCUACUUACACUGGGCCAACAAUGCGUCCCUAUCUCGGUCCAGUCAGCCGAUGGUCGGCAUGACACAAAAUCGGUCGUCGCAAGACGAAAAGUUGGUGGAAGCUAUUUUUGCAUCGCAUCGAUACACCACAGAGCCAGCCUCUGAAACGGCUGUGUAUGGUGCUACCACCACCAACCUCAUUGUAGACGCUCGCCCGACGACCAAUGCCAUGGCGAAUCAUGCCAAGGGAGCGGGCUCGGAAAAUAUGGAGCACUACAAGGAUUGCAAGAAGGUGUAUCUUGGCAUUGACAAUAUUCAUGUAAUGCGCGUAUCGCUGAACAAAGUGCAUGCUGCGUUGCGUGCGGCUGAUGAGAAAACCAUGUUCGACGAGCGCACAGAGCCGGAGCCCGUGGAUGCUUCACUGCUUAUGCGCUCGCAGUGGCUCAAGCAUAGCAGUGCGAUAUUGCAAGGUGUGCAGCAAAUUGUGCGCAAUAUCCAUAUUCACUCGUCACAUGUCCUUGUCCACUGCUCAGAUGGGUGGGACAGAACAGCGCAACUGUCUUCGUUGGCGGCCUUGUGCCUGGAUCCUUACUAUCGAACGUUUGUUGGGUUCGUUGUACUGAUUGAGAAAGAUUGGUUGAGUUUUGGGCACCAAUUUCAAGAGCGGCAUGGCUUGGUGGGACUGGCCUCGAACCGCUUCGACUUGCGGGCCCCGCAGCAUGAUCUGGUGUUUGAUGCAGACGUGUCCGAGGACGAGCGUGUCAACGAUAGCCAGGGCACGUCGCAGUCUUUCUGGGACUUUACCAAGUCUAUCACCGCGCAUUUCCAAGGUGGCGCAGCUGCGCAAUGUGCGCCCAUCUUUUUCCAAUUCCUCGAUUGCGUAUGGCAAAUUCAACGUCAGUUCCCUGCACGCUUUGAGUUUACCAGUGAAUGGCUCACGAUCCUGAUGAAAUGUAUAUAUGAUGGCCGAUCAGCGAGCUUCCUAUUCAACUCGGAACGUGAACGCCGUACGCCUUCGCUGACUAGCACACUGCCCCCCUGCGAAGUGGCGCCGAGUGUAUGGGACCUGGAUUUGCAACGUGAACAGUACCGCCAACCAUUGUAUGAUCCAUCGCUGGAUGCCCGUGAAGGCCGGGGCGAUCAAGGCGUGAUUCUCCCGGAGCCGAAAGACGUCCGCUUCUCGCCUGACUUGUUCCGGCGCCGAGAUUCCGAGCUCAACGUUCUGGUGGACGUGGAAAAAGAGAGUCAGACUCGGCUCAAAGAGAGGCUUGCUACUGCUAGCCGCGGUGGGCAUACCAAACACGUCGCUCCGCCGUCCACGGUCCAAGCUGACCCAUUGAUCCCUGAAGAGGCGCUGCACAAUGCCGCUCGAAGUGUUCGUGCGUUAUUUUCCGAUGGAUGGGGCCGUGUCCAAGAAGCUAUGAGGGCGACAGGCCUAGAUGCAUCGCCUUUUGCACCCACAGAAAACCAGGCGACUGACUUUGUACCGCCACAAUCCGUGGACAAUCCUUGGGCGAGCCAUACGUUGGACGAGCCUGUAGCAGGCCUCCAUACACUAUCGUUGGAAUCGACACACAGUGAGCAGACUGCCUACAACAAUGACACUGCCUCCGUCAUUCCCACCUCCUCUGCGGAUCCUUUAGGGGCCUGGAAAAUCUAA